AUGUCAUUUGUGGCCCAAAUUGACGACUUUGUGUCAAAUAUGACCAAUAGUGCAGAUGACAUGGCAUCUCGAUACCAGGGUCUGUCCGAAUUGUGUGACAUCAUAGAACCAUUAAGCUCAUCACCGGACUAUGAAUCUUUUCUCAGGAAGACCGUACCGGUAUUUCUUAAUGAACUCAGCUCGGUACCAGUGUCGUUUGACAGUGGCUCAAUAGAGCAUAAACUACGCAACAUGUCGUUGGAGGCGCUUAACAGAUGCGCGUUGAAUGAAGCAUUUUCCAGCUGGGCGCCAGAAGUGUUAGAAAGGCUAAUGGACGUUUUACAAAACGACAAUGAGGAAAACGGAGUACUCUCAAUGAGAGUCUUGACUGGCUUGUUUAAGACCUACAAGGUGGCGCUCCUGAACCGUGUUGAAAAGUUUAUUCAGGUUGUUAUGGAGAUUUACAAAGAGGUUCCUAGCCUUGUCAACAAGACCUUCCAGGAAGAUCCAAUACAAGAUAGUCCAGUGGGGGUCAAUGGAUCGUUUGAUACGUUUGAUUCGGGUGAUUUAGAUGUAAUAGACUCGCAAUCGAAUUCUAGCCACCUUACGCAUUUCUCAUCGAACAAACGCCUCAGACACUCAAUGCACUCGUUCAAGGUCUUAGCCGAGUGUCCGAUUACUAUGGUGACACUUUAUUCAUCUUUCAAACAAUUGACCACGUCGUCUUUACCCCAAUUCAUGCCCCAUAUUAUUGAGCUGCUCUUAAUGGAGGCAGAUGAACAAAAAGCCACCCGAGUGCGAGCGGAAGCCAAAGGUGAGAUCUGGACCGGGAUGUCACCAGACGUUAAAAAUCGUGAAGCCUAUUGUGAUUUUGUUCUGGCACAAAUAAAGGCUACUUCAUUUUUGGCGUAUAUUUUUAUCCGUGGAUACGCUUCGGAAUAUCUCCAGAAUUAUGUCAACUUCGUACCGGAAUUAAUUAUAAGGCUACUCCAGGACUGUCCGGCUGGAAUGUCUUCUGCAAGGAAGGAACUUUUGCAUGCAACGAGGCACAUCUUGUCCACUAAUUACAAAAGACUUUUUCUGCCUCAGAUUAAUUUACUCUUUAACGAAAAGAUUUUGAUCGGAGACGGCUUCACUUCGCAUGAGACCCUCAGACCACUUGCUUAUAGCACAGUGGCAGAUUUUAUACACAAUGUCAGAGGAGAGUUAAGUUUAGAAGAUAUUGAAAAGACGGUCCAAAUGUACACCGGUUUUUUAUUGGACGAAAGCCUGGCGCUUACCGUCCAGAUUAUGAGCGCGAAACUCCUUUUAAAUUUGGUUGAGAGAAUUCUUAAAUUAGGAAAAGAAGUUCAAAAUCAAGCAGUGCGAGCUAAGAAACUGUUGAUUAUAAUUAUUGACGCUUAUAUUACGCGCUUUCAAAAUCUCAACAAACAGUAUGACAAUCUUUUAAAACAUCAUGACGUUUACGAAAAAGAUAAAGCCCAAAAAGUUGCUUUGAUCAAGCAGGAUGCCACUACUGAAGUCGAAACGCCGGAGACGUGGGUUGCGAAAAUAAUGGAAGAUAAUUUUGGUUUGGCACUCAAAACUGACAGCGACGGUGACCAAAACAUGGAGGACGCUACGGCUUCACGGGUCAUUGCCAGCGAUAGGGAUGAAAUGGAGGCCACUGAAAAUGGCAGUUCACCCCUGGAUGUGUUGGACCUAAAAUAUCGCUCGCCGAUUCUGAUCGUUGCACCUCCAUCUAGUGAUCCACUCAAAGAUGCUUUUUAUCUUUAUCGCACACUGAUGUCCUUUCUCAAGACUAUCAUCCACGAUAUAAAGGUUUUCAAUCCUCCUUCGACUGAUUACACCGGAAUGAAUCCAAAGUUGUGGUCUUCCCUUUCAAGAAUUUUCUCAUAUGAGGAGGUCUUGGUUUUCAAGAAGUUAUUUCACGAAUGUAUUUUGGGACUGCACUUCUUUUCUAGUCCUCAUGGAAAGAAUCCUAUUCAAGAGCGGAAGUUCUUUGACAUAACAGCACCAAGUUUACCGGUCUCGGCUACUAAAGAUGGUCGAGAACUUAUGGACUAUUUUGCCAUUAUGUUCAUGCAAAUCGAUAGUUCCACAUUUAACGAUAUAUUAGAGACAGAAAUUGAGUUUCUCUAUCAGUCCAUGCUUCGGGAUUCAGCUUUGCUUCAUGUUGCACAGUCAUUUUUAACUAGUGAAAUAACGUCUCCUAAUUUCACUGGGAUUCUUUUAAGAUUUUUGAAGUCCAAACUGAGCACCUUGGGAAACGUCGAUUGGAAUAAAUCAAAUAUUUUAAUCAGACUUUUCAAGCUCUCCUUCAUGUCCGUUAAUCUUUUUCCUGUAUCAAAUGAAUCUGUUCUUCUUCCACAUUUAAAUGACCUGAUUCUGGAUUCUUUGAAAUAUGCGACCACAGCCAAAGAACCACUUGUUUAUCUUUAUUUGAUAAGAACGUUGUUCCGAAGCAUUGGGGGGGGAAGAUUCGAAAAUCUUUACAGAUCAAUUAAACCAAUUCUUCAGAUCCUUUUGCAGUCUCUGAAUCGUAUGAUUGCUACAGCCAGAAGGCCUCACGAACAGGACCUUUACGUUGAGCUUUGUCUUACAGUUCCCGUUCGUUUGAGUGUUUUAGCGCCCUAUCUUGGCUAUCUGAUGAAACCUCUUGUUUAUGCCUUACAGGGAUUUCCAGAGCUUAUAACUCAAGGCUUGAGAACUUUAGAGCUUUGCAUUGAUAAUCUUACGGCAGAAUAUUUUGAUCCUAUCGUCGAGCCAGUUGUUGAAGACGUAAUACGUUCUCUCUUUAAGCUGCUUCAACCUCAACCUUUCAAUCAUCAAAUCAGUCAUACUGCUGUUAGAAUUUUAGGUAAAUUGGGCGGCAGAAAUCGUCGAUUUAUUAAACCUCCUGCUGACUUAAGGUUCGAGUCGGAAUUUGAUAUCGGUGUAAAUGCGCUCUUCAAAAUUGAAGGCAUCAGCGAAGACGUCCCAUUGUCAGUAACUGCGGGCGUCGAAUCGUGUCUUGAAAUUUUGCAAGAUCAAAAAGCUACAUUACAUUACAAGAGGAACGCUUUUCGUUACUUGGAAGCGGUACUGAAAUUAAUUUUGCAGACCUCCUUGAAGGUCCCGGAUGAUUUAGAACAUUCUAUAAGAGCUGGAGUGGAGCUGCUAACUCAUCAAGAUGUUAGGAUUUCGGCAGAUUUUAGUGAUGAGAGAGUAAAAGAUGCCAGGUUGUUACGCAAUAAGGAAGUUUUGCUCCUUAAAUUGCUCGAAACUAUUUUCUUUUCUGCUUCUAUCCCUGAGAUUAGAGACGAAGCUUCAACAAUAGCUUUAAACCUGGUGAAUCAUUUCUGCCUCCUUCAAGUGAAUUCAGCUUUGAAUGAAAAGAGCAGAAAGCCCGACGUUUUUAGUGUCGAUGUGAAACAGCCAGAUGUUACGAUUGACAUCAGCAUUAUUUUAGAGGCAAUAUCCUCUUCUUUGGGAUCGUUCGUCAAAGAAAUUAGAUUACUAGCAAUCGAAGCUAUAAGGCAUUUGGUUAAAAUCAGCGAAAUCAUUUAUGGUGAAGAGCUCAUGCUGAAAUGUUCGUUUAUUCCUCAGAUGCUAAAAUGCUUUGUACGCCAUUGCUAUGAUGAGACCUUCUACGACAAAAGCAGCGGGGUUUUAGGAAUCAAAAUUUUAAUUGAGGAAGUAGAUUUACCCGUUGAAUUUUGGCGCAAAUACCAAUUUGAUCUCGUCACUGGUCUCCUAUUUGUUUUAAAAGAUAUUUCCACUGAAGCACCGGGCGUUAUCAAAAAUCGAUCCGAAGAUCUCAUAAUGGCAAUACUAAAGUUGACUUGUGAAGGUAUUACAGUCUCAUCUCUCAGUGAAAAGGCUUUGGAAAACACCUUGACAGACAUAGUGUGCGAACUAAGCAAUGCCAAUAAAGUUGUGAGGAAAGCCUGUCAAGAAGCUUUAUCGACAAUAUCGAACGUGUCAUCCAUACCCGUUGUCGAACUCAUGCAACACGCGAAAAGUUUUCUCCUGUCUCCCAUUUUUGCCAAGCCCCUAAGGGCGCUUCCGUUUCCUAUGCAAAUAGGUAAUGUUGAUGCAAUAAUAUAUUGCCUUAACCUCCCAGGCUCAUUUUUAGAAUUCAAUGAAGAGCUUUACCGUCUUUUGCAUGAGGCAAUCGCUCUUGUGGAUGCGGAAGACGAGUCUCUUGCCAGCGCUCAUAGAGUGAGUGAACAUCAAACUGCUGACCAGUUGGUGCAACUGAGAGUUGUAUGCAUCAAGCUACUAGCGCUUGCACUAAAGAACGAGGAAUUUUCUGCAGCCCAGCAGGGCGCUACAAGAAUUAGAAUUUUAGCCGUUUUCUUUAAAACAAUGUUGAAAAACUCCUCGGAGAUAAUCGAGGCGACCUAUCAGGGCCUUAAAAGCGUUCUAGCAGAUAAUCCGAAGCUACCUAAAGAGCUCCUGCAAAAUGGUUUGAAGCCGAUGUUGAUGAACCUAUCCGACCAUCAGAAGUUAACGGUGUCCGGGUUAGAAGCUUUGGCGCGAUUAUUGGAGCUGCUCAUUGCGUAUUUCAAGGUUGAGAUCGGUAAGAAACUCUUGGACCACCUUGAUGCGUGGUGCAGAACAGAAGUGCUUGACACUUUCUUCGGCAAAGACCUACACGAGCAGACUCCUACAAAAAUUAUUUUUGGCAUUAUCAAUAUCUUCCAUCUGCUGCCACCGCAGGCGGACGUGUUUCUGAAUGACCUUCUCCUUAAGGUUUUGCACCUCGAGAAAAAGCUGCGGCUUCAUUUAGUUUCUCCAUUUCGUGAGCCACUAGCAAAAUAUCUGGAUAGGUUCCAUGUAUCAGUACUGAACUACUUCAAGAGCAAUCUGGGAUCUCGAGAACUUGUACUUCUCAUGUGUGACAUUAUCCAGAGAAGUGAAGCCAAGCAAUUAGAGCAGGAUUUCAAAAUGGAGUUUUCCAAUAUCUUUGAAUUCUAUAUGGCUGGGUUGUCGACGAGUAAAGUCAGAGCAGUCAGCUUCUUUGCAAACUCCGUUGAUCUAUUCGAUACUUUGCAUAAAGUAGAAGGAGACCAAUGGCUCCGUGAAAAUAAGAACAAGCUGAUGGAAUUAGGCGAAAUGUUACGGCUUUGUCUAAUCACUGUCAGGGAAGGCAAUUUUCACUUCGACAUGCUGCAGUUUCACCAAGCCUUGGCAAAAUAUCAAAAGCUUUUUUUGAAACUAAUCGAAAUCAAGGAAUCCGAGUCUGAUCUUCUUUUCGAUUUAGUCGAAUUUACUUUUACAAACGGUCUCAGUCCUCCGGAAGCCCUAUUUGAUCACAUAAAUGAACAUGUUAUUUCGAAUGAAAGCAGUACAGUAAAGGCCACCUAUCUCGGAAAGGCUUUAAACUUCAUCACCAGGGACAAACCUCUCGAUGCCAGCGUUUUCAUCCUAAAGCACUUGGUGAACAAAACGCUUUUAUAUGAAGGACUUCAACACAAGUCGCUGAAUAAUCUCGAGACUUCCCCAGAAGCGGGACCCCAGUGGCUCGAUUUGGUUAGUUCCAAAAUAUGGCGAGGAGCAAACAAUACCCUUUUUACCAGCACAUCGGGCCACUUCGAUGUUUUCAGGUUUGAACUUUUACAACAGUCGGCUAUCCUUGUCAAGUAUGGAAUAGGCAUUGAUCCAGAGAAAAGAAAGGAAAUAAUAAAGUUCUGCUGGAAUUUCAUAAAAUUGGAGGACUCUCUGGUUAAACAAGCUGCUUACAUGGUAACUUCAUACUUCAUCCAUAGCUAUGAGUUUCCAAUUAAGAUUGUUACGCAAGUAUUUGUUGCUCUUUUGAGGUCAACACAAGGUGAAUCACGCUUUAUGGUGAAGCAGUCACUGGAUUUAUUAGCCCCAGUGAUGCACGGCAGAAUGGCUGCUGCAGGCUCUCCGCAAACGUGGGUCAACUGGGUCAGGAGAGUUUUGUCCGAAAGGGGACCUGCACAGAACACUUUACUUUAUCAAUUUCUCAUCAAUCACUCUGAAGAAUUUUAUCAAUCUAGAGAGGUUUUCGUCUCUAGUAUUAUAGCUUUCAUGGGUAAACUCACUUUAAUGACUAAUUCGAAUGCCGAAAACCAAGCUCUGGCUGUCGAUUGUGCAAGCUUGAUUUUAAAAUGGGAAAAGAAAGCCGAAGAACAGCAGAAAAACUUUGAUAUGACCCAUGAAGCUGAAACAGAUCAUUCGCAUAUUUAUUUCACGCCACCAAACAAGAGAGAAGCUUGCAUUACCUUUUUAAUUCGACAAAUCUGUGUCAGUAAUCACCGUGCUUUGGAAACUGAAAGCGGUGCGAAAGCUUUGAGAAUUUUGACAGAACUAUUAUCUGACGCUCACUGGUCAGAGGUUGGAGUUAAGCUCCCGUAUUUCGAAAAAUUUCUUGUACAACAAGACUUUUCCUCUACAAACAUACUAUAUUACUGCAUGAAUGCUCUUGACGUGCUCUACGUUUUACUAAAAAGUAAAAGUUCGAAAUGGAUCGUAUCUAAUUUGACUCCCAUCAGAACUUUGCUUGAUAAAUGUUUAAGAGCUGAUCAUCAUGACGUUCAACAAGUCUUACAAAAGGUGCUCUCGACUAUGCUCUCUGCCGUGCAUGAAGAAGAAGACGAUAGUAUGGACAGUGAAGAGGAGACACAGGGAAAAUCUUUUUUGAACAAUCUGACCGCUGUGAUCUCGGAAGAUCUUCAAGGCACCUCCUCCAUCGCUGCUGGAGUCACUUUAUCGUGGACUCUUUUCCUUCAUUUUCCUCAAAAUAUUGAUCCUUUACUUCCCUUGAUUAUGCGUGUGUUUAGCAAACUUUGCAAGGAUCAUUUAGCGACUUCGCAACCUAAAGAUGCGGGAGCUCUGGAAGAAGCGAAGCUGACAACGAAGCUUUUGGAGAUAGUUCUUUGUCUUCUUUCAAUGAAGGUUGCCUCUCUAGGUGACGCGCGCAGACCCUUUUUGUCUACUAUUGCCUUAUUGAUCGACCGCUCAAUGGACCAACAAUUCCUUCAAAAAAUCAUAGUCAUUGCGAGAAUGUGGAUUUUUACAAACGAAAUUUUCCCCACAGUAAAGGAAAAGGCAGCUAUAUUGACGAAGAUGUUAGCCUUUGAAGUACGUGGUGAACCAAAGUUAUGCAAGCAAUUUUAUGAAAUUAUUUUGGAACUUUUCAAGAGCGAAUCUUUCAACAACAGCGAGAUUACGGUGAGGAUGGAACAACCAUUCUUGGUAGGGACCAGAUUGAAUGAUGUUUCCAUCCGAAAACAGCUAAUGGAGAUUUUGGAUAGGAGCUUGGAAAGAAAUAUUAGAGAAAGACUUUACUACGUUAUACGAGAUCAAAACUGGGAAUUCAUUGCGGAUCAUCUUUGGCUAAAUCAGGCGCUACAACUUCUCUACGGAGCCUUUAAGAAAGAGCACCAAUUGAUGCUGAGUGAUAAAUACGAAAUCGGGCAACUUGAUUCAUCCUUAAGAGACCUUACAUCGGACCUAAACUCUAUCGAGGUACGCGAGGAUCUGUCGAUUUUAAUAAAAAACCAUUGCGAGUUUUCAGACAAUUUCAGGAAAGUUGCUUGCAACGAUAUUCUUGAACCACUCGUUGAGAUUUUUUACCGAUCUCCCAAGUCUGUCCACUCCGCGUGGGUCGAUUUGUUUCCCAUGGCGUACAAGUCCAUUCCCAAAAACGAGAAAUUUGGUUUCAUGUGCUCGUUAGUCUCACUGCUUUCAAAAGAUUAUCACUCUAGGCAAGUGAAUGUCAGAACAAAUGUGAUCGGAACUUUGCUUGACGCUAUCAGCAAAAUUGAGGGCUUAGAACUUCCGCCUCAUCUCAUCAAAUACUUGGCCACUUCUUAUAAUUCCUGGUAUGAAUCCAUCAAAAUAUUGGAGUCAUUGGAAGAAAACAGCUCAAUCGAAAACGCUAAAAUUUUAGAGACAAAUGAGGAUGCUCUGUUGGAGCUUUACGUGAAUCUACAGGAAGAAGACAUGUUUUAUGGGCUGUGGAGGAGAAGAGCCAAAUACACCGAGACAAAUAUGGCUUUAUCAUACGAGCAGAUAGGUCUAUGGGACAAAGCUCAGCAGCUAUACGAGGCCGCCCAGGUGAAAGCACGCAGUGGGGCUUUACCCUAUUCGGAAUCCGAAUAUGCUCUCUGGGAAGACAACUGGAUUAUGUGUGCCGAGAAGUUGCAACAUUGGGACGUUCUCACGGAAUUAGCAAAACACGAAGGUUUCACUGAUCUUCUACUAGAAUGUGGCUGGAGAGUUGCGGACUGGAAUGCGGAUAAAGAGGCUUUGGAACAAUCUGUGAAGAGUGUCAUGGAUGUCCCAACUCCUCGUCGACAGAUAUUUGAAACAUUCCUGGCCUUGCAAAAUUUCGCAGAGACAAAGAAGGGAGAUCAAGAGGUUAGAAGGUUAUGUGACGAAGGUAUUCAGCUGAGCCUUUAUAAAUGGGCUUCCAUGCCAGAAAGAUUUACACCUGCUCACAAAUUCCUUUUGCAUGGUUUUCAGCAAUACAUGGAGUUUAUGGAAGCAACUCAAAUAUAUGGCAAUCUAGCCACAACCACAAUUCAAAAUUUAGACAGCAAGGCGCAAGAGGUGAAGCGGGUAUUGCAAGCAUGGCGCGAUCGUCUUCCGAACAUUUGGGAUGAUAUCAACAUGUGGAAUGACUUGAUAACUUGGAGGCAACAUGCUUUCCAGGUCAUCAAUAGCUCAUACCUUCCAAUGGUUCCUUCCCUUCAACAGGCAAAUGGUAACAGCAAUGUCAAUACCCACGCAUAUAGGGGAUACCAUGAGAUUGCCUGGGUCAUUAAUCGAUUUGCUCACGUAGCUCGAAAGCAUGACAUGCCAGACGUUUGCAUCAGCCAACUGGCAAGGAUUUACACCCUUCCGAACAUCGAAAUUCAAGAAGCGUUUUUGAAGUUGCGUGAACAGGCUAAAUGCCAUUAUCAAAGUUUGAAUGAAUUAACAACAGGGUUGGACGUCAUCAGUAAUACCAAUCUAGUGUACUUUGGCACUGUUCAAAAGGCCGAGUUCUUUACAUUGAAGGGGAUGUUUCUGUCAAAGCUUAGAGCCCAUGAUGAAGCUAACCAGGCUUUCGCAACCGCUGUUCAAAUCGACCUAAACCUAGCAAAAGCUUGGGCCCAGUGGGGCUUCUUUAAUGAUCGGAGACUUUCAGAAGAACCUACCAAUAUCAGCUUUGCAAACAAUGCAAUAAGUUGCUACUUACAGGCUGCAGGUCUCUACAAAAACUCUAAAACGAGAAAGCUUCUUUGUCGAAUUUUAUGGCUUAUUGGCAUUGAAGAUUCAUCUAGAUCUUUAGCCAAUGCUUUUGAAUCCUUCCGAGGAGAAGUACCUGUUUGGUAUUGGAUCACUUUCAUUCCUCAACUCCUGACGGCGCUUUCUCACAAGGAGGCAAAUAUGGUGCGUCAGAUUUUGAUAAGGAUUGCCAAGAGUUAUCCUCAAGCCCUACACUUCCAAUUACGCACCACUAAAGAAGAGUUCUCUGUUAUUCAGAGACAAACUAUUGCCGCCGUUGCUAAUUCUCGCUCAUCGAGUAGCAAAAGUCAGCUUCCAGCUGGGGCCACCCGACAACCUUGGGAGUAUUUGGAUGAAUUAAAUGGGAUUUUAAAAACGGCAUAUCCCCUACUUGCACUUUCGCUGGAAUCUCUAGUCGAUCAAAUUAAUCAAAAGUUCAAAACAACGCCGGAUGAAGACUUAUUCAGACUGAUUAAUGUUCUUUUGAUAGAUGGAACUUACAAUUUUAAUCGCCUACCUUAUCCAAGAGAUACCCCUCUCCUUCCUUCCAGCACUGAGUCCAAUCUGAUAAGAUUUUCGGAAAAUCUUUUGCCACCUCACAUUAGAACUAAAUUCAAUGCCGAUUUUAUCGACAGUAAACCGAACUUUGAGGCAUAUAUCAAGAAAUUAAGGGAAUGGCGUAAUAGACUUGAGAAUAAGCUGGAUCGCGCUCCGAAAGUAGAAUACAUGGAGGACUGGUGUCUUCAUUUGUGCAAUUUUCAUCAUCAAAAAUUUGAGGACAUUGAAGUACCGGGACAAUACCUCCUAAACAAGGACAGCAACGCGCAAUUUGUUAAGAUUGCUCGAUUUUUGCCGCAGGUAAAUUUCGUUAGAGGAACGCAUUCCUCAUUUAGGCGUCUCACAAUUCGUGGUCACAAUGGUACGCUUCAUCCAUUUGCCGUUCAAUACCCUGCGGUUCGUCACUCUCGCCGCGAGGAAAGAAUGUUUCAAAUGUUCCGCCUGUUCAAUGAGACGUUGUCUAAAAAUGUACAAACACGCCGUCGUGAUAUUAAUUUUACACUGCCGAUCGCAGUUCCACUUUCUCCUCAGGUUCGAAUUAUGAACGACAGCCCAUCGUUCAUCAACAUGCAUCAAAUAUAUGAUGAAUAUUGUGCAAAAAAAAAUAUGGACCGCGAUGCCAUCCAAGAUUUUGUGAGUCAACAACUGGAUGCCGCUCAUGACAAAGUAUUGCCACCUCCUGACAUAACAGCAGUCAAGGUCGAGAUAUGUACCUCUGUUCAGUCAAUGUUCCUGCCUUCAACUGUCAUGAAAGACUAUUUCACGUCUCACUUUGUUACUUUUGAAGACUUUUGGUUAUUCCGAAAGAGAUUCUCAACACAAUAUGCUACGUUUAUUUUCAUGACUUAUAUGAUGGCCAUAAACAACAGAGCUCCGCAUAAGAUAUAUGUUGAUCAUAAUUCUGGAAACGUUUUCACUUUAGAGAUGCUUCCAGCUCGCUAUCCAUUUGACAGAGUAAAGCAAUCGGCCAAAUCUUUGGGUGCCAACGUUCCGCCUGAUGCUCCAAUCUUCUUCAAUAAUGAACCUGUUCCUUUCAGACUGACUCCUAAUAUUCAAAAAUUAAUUGGUGACUCAGCGCUCGAGGGUUGCCUGUCGGUGGGGAUAUUUACUGUCGCCAGCGCGCUUUUAGAACCAGACCAUGAACUAAACACUUAUCUGUCGUUAUUCAUUAGGGACGAGGUUAUUUCAUGGUAUAGUAAUUUGCAUAGGUCUAUUGUGGAAGACCCGCAACUCCGUGAAGUGGUGCGAACCAACGUUGAUUUGAUCACCAGAAAAAUCGCGCAGUUAGGUCAUCUAAGCUCGAAACCUUCAGUGGCGACUCAAUUUGUUUUAGAUGCCAUCAGUGCGGCUGUGAGCCCACGCAACUUAGCGAAAACUGAUCAAAGCUUCCUCCCAUACUUGUAA